UUGCUGGUGGUGUCUUCCCCGCAAAAAGGUCUGGCCCUUCUUCCGAGUCAACGAGAUGAACAUGGGAUGGCAUGGCAUGGUAUUGGGGAAGAGAGAGUCCAGCUUGGAUGGCUCAGACCAAUCGUUGACGAUGCGACGCUCCUGAUUUGGAACCCGAGGAGACCACUUAGAACGAGAGACUCCGGGCGAUGGAGACGGAGCUGGGAGGAUAAGGGUUGUCAGUCACACCACUGGUACUAAACAGUUGGGCCAGCCAUCUUGCUGAAGGGGGCAAGCGAGCUCUUCGGAUGCAUGCUGCUACGUGUACACACGGCUGGAUGAUACAUGCCAUGCCAUGUCAAUCACUUUUCCCAUCGGGUGAAUCCCCCCAAGGCCAGGUGCAAUAUAAAACCACCUCGUGCCUUUUUGCCCGCAUGCGGUUGACAAGUCAGCUAGACGAGCUGUGCCGCAUUGGGUGCUCGGCACGGGUCCGCAUGAGCACCUGCAGCUGCGUCUGAAUGUCCCGUUUUUGCUUGUCGAUGCAGGUUUGUAGAGUCUGCCUGGCGCUCGCACAAAAGGCAUCCUCGAUUCAACUGCCUCCAGUUCACAGCCGAUUCACUGGCUUAUACGACAAAGUCCAGUAGUGAUGGUGACUCCCCCAAAGCCCGGUGGGCGCCCGGGACUGUCCCCCGUCCCGUCCCCCGUUCUGUGCCGAGUCGGAAUUCCGCCCAACAACCUCGGCGUACAGGGUAGGGAGCGUCUCGCUCCUGGCCCUCCCGAAUAACCGAAUACACUCCCCCUCUUGAAUGAAGACACCGCCAAGCACCAUCCUUUGGGAAAUCAAAGAAAAAACUUGAUAUCGAACCCCCGUUCCCCUUAAUCAUGAACGAAAUCAGCCAAUAUCGAAGCUUCUCCUCUUUCUCCAAACACGUCAACCAGCCCCCUCCCCCCUCCCCGUCCAGCGGAGUGCGGAGUUGCCGCUCCAACGCCCUCUCUCACACACAUACAGACACCCAUAAAUUAAGCACAACCAAGUGAGCCAAGAGCCCAUGGGGAAGCGGAACGCCAUGUGGGGAAGGAGGAUGGUGCACAGCUAGCUUCCCCGCAUGUUGCUUAUCCCAAGUGUGACUGGUUCCGAGUCUCUCGCUCAACCAGUCACCCCCAUCUCACCACCCCCCCCCUUAAGCUCCAUCGUAAGCAGAGGAAUAUCUCCUCCCACUGGAUGGAUAAAUGCAAACGAAACCCCCCCGUGCCCCCCGACCGCCGAGAGUGUAGGGCCUUGGCAAGCCACAACCCGGCUCUUUGCUGUAUGCCCCCCGAUGCAACGGUCAUUCCAUUCGGACCUUCUGCCACCUGGGGCCCUGGACAGAACGCUUCUGUCUCCCGCCGUCCCGCCUCAGACAUCAUGUCGUCUCUGCCGGAUCCGUGCAUGGGUAGACAAUGGGCAGAUGGCAAAACAACAUGGGGAGAGGUGGUUCUCCUUCACGGCAGUGCGUAUAAAGCACCCGGGGUGGUCCUCGUCGGAUGUUGAACGGUUUGUGGCCUCUUUCAGCCCAAGGACAAGGACGCGGCAACAUAUACCCCCGGGUCCAUUUCUGAUAUAAACACCGUUCCUACCCCCCUCAUCCUCGCCCGUCGUCGCACGACUCUUUUUGAUAUCGUUUCCCGCUCGCCCGUACCCUCCCCCUCUCCCUCCAAGGCACCUUAGCAACAGGUCAGCAACCCCCACCAUGGUCCAGAUCAAGCGCAUCCAGGAGACCGGGGCGUCGGACCCGAUCCUGACCCGCAUCUCCGAGGAGGACAAGGUGCCGUGGUACCAGAAGCCGAACCUGCGGUACCUCUACUUUAUGCUCUUCCCGACCUGCAUGGGCAUCGAGUUGACGUCGGGCUUCGACUCGCAAAUGAUCAAUGCUCUGCAGAUCGUGCCCUCCUGGAAAGAAUACUUUGGUGACCCGCAGGGCAGCCUGAAGGGCAUUAUCGCCGCCGCCUACUCGCUUGGCGCCAUCUUGUCCCUUCCUUUCAUCCCCGUCGUCAACGACAAGUUCGGGCGGCGAUGGUCCAUCUUUGGCGGCAGCGUGAUCAUGGUCAUCGGCGCCCUCAUCCAGGGGUUCUCUCAGCACGUCGGCAUGUACAUCGUUGCGCGCAUGAUUCUCGGCUUCGGUAUUCCGACCUGUAUUGUCUCCGGCUCCUCCCUCAUCGGCGAGCUCGGUUACCCCAAGGAGCGUCCGGUUCUCACGUCUCUGUUCAACGUUGCCUACUUUGUCGGUCAAAUCACGGCUGCCGGUAUCUGCUUCGGCACCAACAACAUCAAAAGUGACUGGGCGUGGCGCAUCCCGUCCCUCCUCCAGAUCUGCCCGUCACUUUUACAGAUCACCUUCGUCUUCUUCCUCCCCGAGAGCCCCCGUUGGCUCAUCACCCAGGACCGCGCCGAGGACGCGAAUGAGAUCCUCAUCAAGUACCACGCUGAGGGCGACCGCGACUCCGAAUUCGUCAAGGCGGAGAUGGUGCAGAUGAAAACUGUCAUCACGCUCGAGAUGGAGGCCUCGAAGCACUCGUGGAUGGACAUCCUCGACACCUCCGGCAUGCGCCGCCGCGCUCUCAUCUCGGCGAUGCUUGGCCUAUUUACCCAGUGGUCCGGCAACACGCUCAUAUCGUACUACCUCGGCGACCUGCUCGAGAUGAUCGGCUUGACAGACUCUACCGUCAAACAGAAGAUCAACCUCGGCAUCGCGGGCUGGUCCCUCAUCUGCGGUUUUACCGUGGCCAUGCUCGUCCGGACGUUCCGCCGUCGCGUCAUGUACCUCGCCUGCACCAUCUCACUGCUUCUGUGCUACAUCGCGUGGACCAUCUCCAUGGAGCGCGCUGUUCACGCCCUAGACAACGAUUACAAGAACGAGAGCGCAUCGGUGGCGACCAUCUUCUUCAUCUUCAUGUACUCGCCCUGCUACAACAUCGGCUACAACGCGCUGACGUACACGUACCUCGUCGAGCUGUGGCCCUACGCGCUGCGCUCGCGCGGCAUCUCGCUCUUCCAGCUGUUCGGCCGCCUGGCGGGCUUCUUCACGACCUUUGUCAACCCCAUCGGCAUCGGCAACGCCUCCUGGCGCUACCUCAUCAGCUACUGCUGCUGGCUCGCCUUCGAGGUCGUCUUCGUCUACUUUAUGUUCCCCGAGACCGCGGGCCGCACCCUCGAGGAGCUGGCCUUUUUAUUCGAGGACAAGGCCCUCGCCGACCAGGCCGUCGGCGCCGUCGAAAAGGCCAUCCACCAUGAGGACAUGGACCCCGUCGGAGAGGUCAAGAGCGGUGGCGGCAGGGCGGAGGUCGUGGAAAAUGUUGGCGCCAGAUCCAAGGUCUGAGUCGUGCUCGCGGUCGAGGGAGACAAGCCUUCGUGUCGGGAUUCUUUAAGGAUAAGUGAGUCCCGGCGUCUUGUAAGAGGAGCAGCAUCUGUAUCCCCGGUUAGUAUAUUCGAGUAUGAAUUCCACAUCUCCACAAUUUGUGC